CAGUAGUCGUGCCAUACUUCUGAUGGGCUGACGCUCGCCGUCACAGGACUCAUCCUAUGUGCUCGGCAAUAUUGCGAGCCCACUCAUAGAGUCCUGUACCGGCCAGAGACAGCACUUAAUCCUUUGUAGUUCAAACAAAGAACGUUUCGGUGUUACACUGAUAAAACUACGCCCAGUGAUAAGUGCAUUCUUGAGCGUGAAGUCGCUUGAAACUUUAGUGUGAAAUUAAAAAAAAAAAAGACAGUGACUUAUUAGUUUCAAGAUUUUAGUGUUUAUGUUUAAUCUAGAUUUAUAUGAAAAUGGGGAAGAAGAAGAAAAAUAACUGCAAAAAGAGUGGCAACAGGUUCUUCCGGUGGAUGAGAAGUGACCUACCGGAUGAAGAGGACAAAAAGUCACCUGUGCUUCUCCUUGGCGUUAACAAGAUAACCGACUCUCCGUCUUUUGUGAGAAGGAGAUCUAUAGAACCUCAUACAACUGGAUCCAUUAGAUUUUUUAGACCACCAAAGUCUAAAUAUACGAGAGGUCUUCAUGGCGAUGAAAGAUUGGAAAAGAUCCGGCAAGAUCUCUUAAUUCAUAAACAUACGAACAAACCGGACAAUUACAUUCCAAAGGAUCACGAUAUAUCAGUAGAAAGGGAAGAGAAAAGAUGUCUCAGACUGAAUUGCGUUGGAAACUGCGUCUGUGAUGGGAAGAAGAGGUCUUCGAAUAGAGGCUCUUUCUCCUUUCACAGACCUGAGAAUAGGCAGUCUUCUUUGUGCCCCUCGGAACCGUACGGAAGAUCAGAGGAACCCAAAGACUUUUCAGAAAACGAUAUAGAAUUCAAAUACCGUGAACACAUUCCAAAUUCGCAACCUUCCAGCAGUAAACAGAGUUCGUAUAACGUCACUCCAAAAUCGACUGAACGCCGACAUUUCCUAUUGGCUAACCUAAAUGAAAGGUUUCGAAAGACGCUCAGUCUAGAUUCCCGGAAAGUGGAAACGAAUCGUGUACCGUUGAGUCUCCCAAAAGAAUCUCGUCCGAAAUCACUCGUUAACACCAGCAACCUGUGCGUUCAAAAUUUUAAAACUGGCGACCCGUUUGUGACGUCAAAUUUUGACAAGGCCAGCCAACCAAAGAAAAAACGAAAAUCGUUUUUUUCACUCGACGGUUUAUUCGUCAAAAAGUCCGAUACGUCCUCUGUAGACGAUUAUUGCUCAUCGAAAUAUAAGCGUUUCGAAUUAGAAAGCGAUGACUCUCCCUUAUUCAGACGAGACAAAUCGCCACGCAACGGUGAGAGAACGCCAGACCUCCUAAAUCUUCCGGUUAUUAUAGAUUCAGUACGCAAAAAGCAAUCGGACACAAGGAGGCAAUUGGAAAAACUAGAAAGUCAUUACUAUAAAAGUUUAAUUAAGUCGCGUACUGUUAUCGACGCUGUCCCCAAAGACGCCACCGACGUACAAGGCCCGAGCGGACAUACCAAUCAACUAUUCAACGACGACGAUGACGUCGAAUACAUUGAACCGAUUCGUAGCAACUUCACGAGUCAGAGCACGUUGAUAUUAGACAAAAACAUUCCAGGUGAUUUAACUUUGAAGCCUGAUUCGAUACUAACAAUUAAUACAGAUGAGACUGAUAUAAAGUUACCUAGUUCUACUGUUUCCCCGAAGUCCCACGAGGAGAGGACUGACAAUGAUCUGGAUAGUAUAGGGGCUUAUGAGAUAGAAGUUAAGGAGGCGGAUCUGCUUAAAGACUGUUCAAAAGACUUAACAGUGAAAGUCAUGGAUAAAUCUGUAGAUUCGAUCGGUAGUUGCUCUUUGGACGUCGACGCAAGCACGGAUUUUUCAGAUACCACAUCGGGAAGCUUGAAUCUCCUAACGCCGUCGUCGACGACAAGCCGUAUCCGGGACUUCACGUCCCGCAUCCAGGAGCGAGCGUCUAACCAACCCCCGCAAAUAACACCGAUAGCUACCCCCACGCGGACACUAGACGACGCCACACCCACUCCCAAAAAGUCAGAAAACCUCCUCAAGCCUCCCCCGAAAGUCCACAUCGAUGCUGGAAGUCAUAGGUCUCGAGGCCAUCACAAGAAACGGGACGAAGUAACCCACAAGAAGCCCAGUUACUUAAACCUCGCUUGCUCAGUAAACGGGUACACCAAUUUAACCACAUACGACUCCAAAUUAAGGCAAGAUAUCAACAAAAGUCGAGAAGCGUCGCCUAUAAGGCCGAUAACCCACACGUAUCAGUACAGAACAGAGAAUAAUUCGCUCCUCGUGCCAGUUCCGGUUAGCGCCAACAAACUGCUGGUCCCCACCUUCGGCCCUCAUGAUACACGCACGGAUUUGACAGCGAAAGCGCCUUCCAAGGCGCACACAGACCCGUAUCUAGCUUCUUCACCGCUACAUGUAUACAUGGCAGCCGAAAAUAAACAAUUAAAGAACGAUUUCCUAGGCCCCAGCAUGACGACUACCAGUAGAUCGUACAUUUCCAACGAGAGCAAAAAUUUCGCAUCAUCCAUGCUCCACCAGAAAGACGAGGUCGAUAACGCUAAAGAGCUAACGACGUUCAAGUCGAGUUACUCCGAAACGAACUUUCGGAAGACGGUUACGACCAACGGAAAAGAGUCUCGUUUCGUUAGCUCUGAAUCGUACACGAUAUCAUCGAAUGGAAUGUCUAAACGGGUAGAGAUAACUAAAGAAAACGGAGAAAAGUUGACCAGUCCGAUGAAGAGCUUUAUACAGCAGCGCGUCGAAAGACUAUACGGGCCUGGUGCACUCGCUCAGGGUUUCUUCAAUCAGAAACGGCAUAAACUAAAGAGCUUAAGCGAUGAAGACGAACCCAAGGUGUUGACGGAAAAAUCUAUGAACUGUCCAAGCGAGAGGUUCGUUACUCCUCGGAAAUCUGAAAGUUUCGAAAGUGAAAAUAUGUAUUCUAGUCCCAAUGGUGAAUCUGACGUGUCUUUGCCUGUGCUCAGGCAUCUGAGGCCAGAGUUCAGGGCGCAACUGCCUAUAUUAUCGCCAAAGAAGAGUGUCAAGCCUGAACUAUCACCUCAGAAGCCCGAAAACAUUCCAGUACCCGAGAAGACUGAAGCGAAACCGAGUGAUAUGAUUACAAAUGGUGUGUCUGUGAUAAAUUUGGACGAUUCGAAGCAAAACGAUGCAGUAGUUUGUGUUAAUGAGCCCGUGGUUAGUGUUAAUGGUGAAAAAAGUAAUGGUGUGAAAGAGCCGGUGAAAGAUGGACAUUAUUUCUUGGAUUUGGAGAAGAAGGAGACGGAGAGGCUGCUCGCGUUGUCAGUUACUGCUGAGAAGGAAUUGGAAAAUUUGCAGAACCAGGAUGUCAGUGAAGAGAUUCUUGGUUUGCUCCGUUCUGCCUCCGGUAAGGCUCGCCUGCUGGCCACACAGAAGAUGCAGCAGUUUGAAGGUCUCUGCUACAACAACAUCAACGAGCGGCUGGACGAGCCCUUCCCCACUACGGUGGAGGACCUCCAGGGAUUCUGGGACAUGGUGUGUCUGCAAGUGAAGAAUGUCGACGCCCUGUACGAACAUAUAGCGCAGCUGAAGGCCAACAAUUGGCAAGAGGUGUCCCCGCCGCAGCCUCGCGUGGCGGCCGCAGCCCCCGGCGCGGCGGCGGCUCCGCUGGCGGCGAGGGCGCGGCGUGCGGCGCCGCCCGCCAACAACGAGAGGGCUCGCAGGGCAGCCGAGAAGCGGGAGGCCGACAGGAAGGCCAUGCUCGAGCACAGGAGACGUGUGGCGCGCGAACGUCAGCAAGCGGCGCGAGCGGCCGCCCCGGGCUGCAGCCAGGAGACACAGGAUAUGGGCAUCGAAGGCAGUCAGGAGGUGGAAAUAUUUGUGGGCAAGAGCGCAAAGCCGUCGAAGGUGGCGCCCACCGGCGACUGCCGGAGUGCCAGCCGGUCUGAUGACUCCAUCGAGCAGAGCUGAUUCCACUGCCCUCGGCGACAUCAACUUAUCUACUGAAACUGCUCACGAUUAACAAAUAUUACCACAGACCUAGGACUAAAUAGAUGACGCAGUGCCAUGAAUGACGCGUGCCGAUUCUAUUGCACUUAAAAUAAAAAAAAAUCGAGGAUAUAAAAAAACAGGUUUAUAGUUUUUUGUAUAUUUCAUAUUUAAUAUAUAGUUAUUCGUAAAAAAUAAAUUCCUCAAACUAGUGUUGCAACUGUUGGAGUAUUUAGUAAAUUUUGUUUCAAAUUCAGCAUUUAAUAUGACAAAAAAGGCAACAUAUAAAUAAUUAUUUAAAAAAAUACAUACAGAAAAUUACAAUUAUCGUAAAAAACAUUAUUAUUUUUGCUAUUUAUUUAUUACAUACAAAUUAUUUCUUUAAAAGACAUACUAAAAAAUUUAAACACGUAACUGUAAUGUAUAUUUAUACAUGAAAUAUAUUUAAGAAAAAAAAGAUUGCAGUUUUUUUUUUUUAAAUAAUGUUUUGACACCGAGCAAAUUUUUGAUUAAAUAUUUUUGAUUAUUGGGCAUUUGUAUAAUUUAUAGCGUGAUAUAUAAUAGUAUUAAUUUACCAUCACGAUAUAAUAUGAAAGUGUAUGCAAAAUUGUAUGAAGACGUUAUUAAAUGUCGAUGCACGUCCACGAUAUUUUGGCGAAAAUCACCAGUUGCUUGUAUAUUAUUCUUGUAUUAAGUGGUGACGUAAAUUCGUUGUGAAAAAAAAAAUGGUUAAUUAUAAAAUAAAUUUAUUAGCUUUUUUUCUUAAAUACGACAGGCGUGUUUUUUUUAAUCUGCGU